GGUUGGAGUUUUCAAAGGCGAGUUCUUCACUUCCUCGUUAAUCAUGGCGGAUGAGAAUGAGACAGCACCGAAGCAGGAGAAAGAAGUGGAGCUAGAGGAGGACCAUGGACAUUGUAGCGACUGCGAAAAUGAAGAGCAUCAUUUCGAUGAUGGGGAAAAGGGGGACACAGGGGCCAAGAAGAAGAAAAAGAAACAGAAGAAAAAGAAGGACAAAUCUGGAGGAAAGGAUGCAGCCCAGGACCCCUUGGCCAAAGUGAACUCUCUCCCUGCCGAUAAGCUUCAGGAGAUUCAGAAAGCCAUCGAGCUCUUCUCAGUGGGACCAGGACCAGCCAAAACCAUGGAAGAGGCCUCACGCCGUAGCUACCAGUUCUGGGACACUCAGCCUGUCCCUAAACUAGGAGAGAUGGUGACAACACACGGCUGCAUUGAGCCUGAUAAAGAUAACAUCCGAGAGGAGCCGUACAGCCUUCCUCAGGGUUUCAGUUGGGAUGCACUGGACCUCGGCAACCCCGCUGUGCUAAAGGAGCUGUACACUCUCCUGAACGAGAACUACGUGGAGGAUGAUGAUAACAUGUUCCGCUUUGACUAUUCGCCUGAGUUCCUGCUGUGGGCGCUACGUCCUCCAGGCUGGUUGCCGCAGUGGCACUGUGGCGUGAGAGUCAACUCCAAUCAUAAACUCGUGGGCUUCAUCAGUGCCAUCCCAGCCACCAUCCGCAUCUACGACAUAGAGAAGAAGAUGGUGGAGAUUAAUUUCCUGUGUGUGCACAAAAAGCUGCGCUCCAAACGCGUGGCUCCGGUGCUGAUCCGAGAGAUCACCAGACGGGUCAACCUGCAGGGCAUCUUCCAGGCUGUCUACACUGCCGGAGUGGUACUGCCCAAACCUGUGGGGACCUGCAGAUACUGGCACCGAUCUCUGAACCCCAGGAAGCUGAUUGAAGUGAAGUUUUCACACCUGAGUCGGAACAUGACUAUGCAACGCACUAUGAAGCUCUACCGGCUGCCAGAGGCUCCGAAGACCGGAGGCUUGAGGCCGAUGACGUUGAAGGACGUCCCGGCGGUGCACCGCCUGCUGCAGGAUUAUCUCCGUCAGUUCCACCUGGCCCCAGCCAUGAGCACGGAGGAGGUGCAGCACUGGCUCCUGCCCCAGGAGAACAUCAUCGACACCUACGUGGUGGAGAAUCCUGAGGGGAAAGUGACGGACCUCCUGAGUUUUUACACCUUGCCAUCCACCAUCAUGAGCCACCCGGUGCACCGCAGUCUGAAGGCGGCGUAUUCCUUCUACAACGUGCACACCAAAACGCCGCUGAUCGAUCUGAUGGGAGACGCACUCAUCUUAGCCAAAUCGAAAGGAUUUGAUGUUUUUAAUGCACUGGACCUGAUGGAGAACAAGACGUUCCUGGAGAAGCUGAAGUUUGGUAUCGGAGACGGGAAUCUACAGUAUUAUCUGUACAAUUGGAAAUGCCCCAGCAUGGGCCCAGAGAAAGUCGGUUUAGUCCUGCAGUGACCCUCUUGCCUCAUCAAAGCCCUUCCUUGCGUCGUAGUGAAGCCAACAACUGACGUCACGCACUGACCACCUGCCUGAUGCUCCGGAGGGACUUCCAGGUUUAGGAAGAAAAAGCCACCGCCCAUUUUUUUUUUUUUUUUUUUGCAGAACUUUGAACUUUUGGACCUGCACUACCGCUGCCAGGCUGUCUCUUUUUUUUCUCUUUUUCCUUUCUCUGUGUCUCCUCUUCCUUAUAGUCUCUGGUUCUUUUUUCUUCUUUCUCCCUCAGCACUUGGAUCUGAAGCCACUGUAAUUAAUCCCGGUUCAUCCACGAUCACAACUGUUGCGAUUGUGGAUUGUGAUGCGAGCACGAAUCUGCGCUCAGAAACAGUAGCUGCUCCUUCACGCCGUCUCCAACGAUGCGCACUCAGACAGUGAAAAGACUCAGUCCAGCCAUUUUUCUCCCCGUCCAAAUGUGAGGUGUUUUUUUUUUUUGUUUUUUUUUUUGCGAAAAGAAAAAAGAGAACUGUUAUCUGCGCUUGGUGUUUGUUUUGUUACAAUCAAAAACACUAGAAAAUGCUUGAAACAGUGAAACAACGACGAGAAAAAAAAAAAGCAGAUGAGAUAAUAAAACUCCAGAAUGGACAUUACAAGGGCUGCUGUCAGUAAUUUUCUUUUUUAAUCGCCAUGACAGUGUCACUGAUUAAUUGAUGUCGUACAUAAUGUAAGGGAGAGAUUUUUUUUUUUUUUUUAACUCCUUUGCUUUAAUGUUUUUUCUGAUUGAUGGAUCGCUGCUUUAACUGACUGCCUGUGAUUUCACUGUAAUGCCAACAGAGAAGCUCAGUGUAAAUACAUAAAUAACACAUAACAGCAAAAUAUCCAUGAAAUAAAUGACAGCUAGGAGUCCAGACCAUGGACAUGGACUAAUGAUUAAUCCUGAGAGGUCGAAUGCUGACUGACAUGAAUAAUGAGUGUGUUGGAAAGGUGGAGACGCAUCAGGGGUUGUGAGCAGGGUUGAAAUAAAUAUUUAAAUGCAGAGCUGAAUACAAUGUUUUGUUUUUGUUUUUUGUAAGGGGUUGUAUACGGUUUAAGUCAAAUCUAAUUACAAUCCUCAUAAAGUUUUACUGCUGCAGGAAGACGACUGUACGGCGUGAUCAAACAUCUAUCAAGCAUCUGAAAACUAGUUCAGCGAAACGUAUUCUCCGGUGUGGUUCAGUGUUUUACAUACGGGAAGUGUUGACUUAAAGCCAUAGUGUUGAACUGACACAGUUACAAAGGAACACCUAGAGCAGUAGAAGUUUACGAGUUUAAUUUUUGGGUUUCUUUGCCGAUAAUAUGGAAGAAACAGAACUGAAUACGACUUAACCAACUGUAUUAGGACAAAAAAAAAAAAAAAAAAAACAUCUUUUGCUUUUCUUGAUGGAGCAAAAAAACAUUGUCAACAUGGAGAGUUUUUUUGUGCUAAAUAAAAGUAGAAGUUGCUGUGA